CACACACUCCCUCACUCACUCACACACAGACACCAUUAGCACAACCCUGUGGCUCAGAGAGCGUGAGUUUACCACAGACAGUGAGAGUGAAUGUGUAAGAGAAGGCACAGUGACAAAGAGCCAAAAACACAAUCAGCGCAAAAAAGUGGAUGAGAAGAGCCGGUCAGGACUGCUUUGAGUGCUGAAACACCAAACUAGAACAUGCAGCAGCAGUGGGUGUGUGUGGCUGUUCUGGCCCUGUUGGUUGUCACAGUGAUGCUGGCAGAAGGCGGGAAGGCGGAAAAGCAAGGUAAGAAGGAGCGUAAGUCGGACUGUGGGGAGUGGCAGUGGAGUGUGUGUGUGGCGAAUGAGGGCGACUGCGGCCUGGGCACCAGAGAGGGCACUCGCAGCGGCACUGACUGCAAACAGACCAUCAAAACACAGCGCUGCAAAAUCCCCUGCAACUGGAAGAAGCAGUUCGGCGGUGAGUGUAAGUAUGACUUCCAGGCGUGGGGCGAGUGUGAUGCUGCCACAGGGAUGAAGAACCGGACCGGUGUGCUGAAACGUGCCCUCAUGGAUGCUAACUGCCCCAACACUGUCAGUGCAACCAAACCCUGCGGCAAGACCAAGCAACAGGACUCCCGGAAGCCAAAGCGGGACGGGAAGAAGAAAGAGCAAGCCCCGUUGCAGUAGAGCUUCAGGGAGGAGGAAGCCCACCCGAACCCCCUUCCUCACGACUACCGACCGACUACCCCAAUCUCUCAGCUCUCAGAGGGAGAAGACGGAGGUGGCUGCAGCUGCAUGGAGGGAGAGUUAAGAAGAGAAAAACAUGUCUUCCUCUCUUAUAUUUUUGUAGAAGCUUAUUUUUGUGUAGCUCCUUCAUAGUUUUCAUGUGUAGACCUUUUAAAUAAUAAAUAUAUAAUCAUGAAUACAAGCUCCUACUAAAUCCUGCAUACUCAACAGAUACUGAACUGCCCUUUAACACUUGGAUGGAUGGAAGUGACCGGUUAAAGGUGUGUGGUAAAAACAGUGUCUUGUUUUAAAGUUGAUUAGUUGAUAUUUAGAUAGUUGGCCUCUGAGCAGUUGCUUAAGAAAGGCAACAGUGUAUAGUUAGACAUUAAAAACAUCCAUACUGUAAGUGUCCCAAAAGUAGAAAGUGUAUAUUACUUGUGGACGCGCUUUAUGGAGAUUAGUGAUAUUACCGCUCCCUGUUACUCUGCUCCAGGGAAAAUAAAGACUUGCAAUCCACCAUUUA